AUGGCUGAUUCAGCUUCACCUUCCACGACGCAGCCUUCAGCAGCAGCAGGCUCACAACUUCCUCCCUCCACACAACAAACACAACCCAAGGAGGGUUCUUAUUCCUUGUCAGAUGCGACAAAUCAACAGACGACAAAUAACCCAGUCCCCUCCGCGGAUGCCGAUAAUACCCAACUUGGAGGCGACCCGACCGAUGACGCCGUCGAUAACGACGUUGAUAUGAACACCGCUGAAGAUAUGCCUGCAGUGAAUGGUACAGCUGAUACGACAGGGUCUGCUGCGCCCGAAAACCCUGUGGCAGCGCUUCCCAGUGCUGCGGCGCCGACAAAGAAAGAGAGUAGUCUACGUGAUUUUCUGGGGAAGAUGGAUGAAUAUGCACCGAUCAUACCGGAUGCUGUAACAGCGCACUAUUUGACAGUCGCCGGCCUACCACCACCAGGCAAUGGACCCAACCAAACCCCACCACAUCUUGCACGUCUGUUAGCCCUGGCGACGCAAAAAUUCGUCGCCGACAUUGCCGCCGACGCUUAUCAAUACUCGCGAAUCCGUGCCUCAAAUAGCUCGAGCGCAAGCAAUCCCAUGGGCGGUCUGAACGCAGCUGCUGGCCUCAACAUGGCUGGCGCCGGUGCAGCAGGAGGGGCAGCAGGGGCCGGUGCUGGGGCAGAUGCUGGUAAGAAGGGUGGCGCGGCAAAUACACAUCUUGGUAUUCAACGGCCUGGCUUUGGUGGUGGUGGCCAGGGAGGUUCUGGACAGGGACGCACUGUUCUCACUAUGGAGGACUUGGGAAUGGCUGUGUCUGAAUAUGGUGUUAGUGUUAAGAGGGGUGAAUUCUACCGAUAA